AUGCUCACUCAUAUUCCCGAAAUGAACUCUACUAUGUCUAUGCCCUCUUUUUCAUAUGCCGAAGGCGACUUCAUGCCCGAUGCAAUGCAUCACAUUGCCCAGCAACCUCACGUUGAUGACAUGAUAAUGGCUGAACUUCUGACUGCCUACACGAACGAGAACUGGGAUUACUUUGCUGAGGUUUCGGAAAUAACCAAUCCUUCUGCGUGCGAGCCUCUGCCUACGAUCGAUCCCUCCUUGCUGGUAAUUUCUCCAGAUAAAACGGAGGAUACGGAGAUGCAUGAUGCCAUACUUUCCGACAUCACAUCUGAUGAAAGUUCUCGCGAGUCCUCUCCGCUAUCAGAGAAGAUGGAAAGGCCUGAAUUCACCGACUCGCAGUCUUCCUCUCUUAGGACUAAAAAAUGUCCAAAGUCUUCCUCUUCCUCAGUUAAUAAUGAAGAAUCUCCAACGGUUUUGAUUCAUACGCCACCAACUUCUGUCACUGCAUCGCAGUCAUCUUCACUUGAGGGUCAUGCGUCUCCAGCUGUGUUUGAUACAUAUCCGAUUCCCGUCAGCAGUGAAUCCCAGUCUAUGGACCGAAAUUCUUACAUUUCCGAGGUGCCAUACCCAACACCUCCGCCAUCGCAACAGUCAUGGCAUCAGCAGGCGUAUCGCCAGAAUUAUUUCGCUCAGCAAUACUAUCAUCAUCAUCACCCCAUUUACGCCCAGUCAUUUUACCCGCCAGGCGCGGCGCCUCCAUUUUCGCCGCCGAUGAUGGCCACCGCACCUCAUCCCAUGGGAUACAACAUACUGCCUUUCGCGCCUUUCCCGCCGCAGACUUCCAUGGCCCAGUUUCCACCUCAGUUUCAAUAUCAUUCGCAAACCAUGCGGCCCAUGCCAUAUCCAAUGUAUCCGCAACAGCAGCCGCCGCAGCCGCAACCGCAGCAACAGCCCUACAGUGGGCCUCGUGCACUGCCUCCUCAGCAAGCACAUCCGCAGCCAGCUGCGCCCAAACGCGUAUUUGAAUUUGUUAACGCGACCGUCCCGGAAGGGUUUGUUGCAAACCCAAACAACCAUGGCCGAUGGCAAGUGGAUAGUAAUGGAAAAAGACAGUAUCUGAAUGCUCCGGCGGCCAAGAGACAAUGUGUCAGGAAUGGUUGA